AUGUCCCGCGAGCUGAAGAAGCGCGAGAUUGCUGCACCACGUGCUGAAGGUUGGCGCUGGACGUCUCCGUGGAGCGACUGGAGAAUCAUCCGGAAGGAGGACGACUUCGACGAGCCCGUGGAGCCGCCGACAAUCUCUGGCUCCUCCAAGCAGGCGUUGACGCUGCGGCCGCCGGACUUCAGCCAGCACCAGGUGCCGGACCUGUUCCGCGCGCUGGGCCCCGUCGAGGUGUUCUCAGCGCACCAUCACUGGUCGGCGCCGCGCUCAGUCACCAUCAGCCGGCAGCCCGGCGAGGGGCUCGGCUUCAGCGUCAAGAUGGAGGCGCCCGUCGUCGUCGUCGACGUCGAACCCACCGGCGUGGCAGAGCGCGCCGGCCUCAAGGAGAACGACUACAUCGUGGGCAUGGACGGCCAGGACCUCAAGUGGAGUGGCCACGCGGACGUGGUGGCGCUCAUCCGACAGGCCGGCAGCGAGUUCAGCUUGGUCGUCGUCACGCCCAUGGACAAGACAGAGCCGACGCGGGAGCCGCCGCGGCCGCCGCCGAUGCCGCCGCUCUCGGACAAGACCUGGGGCUCGCUCUCCAGCUCGGGCGUCAGCUCGGGCGUCUCCAGCCGCAAGCCGAGCCCGGCCAGCAGCCUGGCCAGCCAGAACAGCAAGGGCUCGGCGCGCCGCCACUCCUGGAACCCGUUCAAGCGCGGGGCCAAGUCCGAGCACGACCUCUACAUCACCAACGUGGUGCUGCGAUGAGGCGGCCGCCCCGGCGGUGCCGCUGCCGCAGCCGUUGUGGGCCACGCUGCUGCCGCCGCCGGCUCCGGCGCCGCGCGCUCGCACUGCCAGAGCCGCCACAGACAGCCACCUAUGCUACCGCACAUGUGCUACCGCCAGCAACGGACACGGAGUUGUAGCAGCAGUAAUCGUAGUAGUUCCGGCGGAAGCAGGAGCGUUCUAUACCGCGAGUAGCAGCGGAAGUGGUGCAGACGCUUUGUCGUUGGCGGUGCGCGCGCCUCAGCGGGCUCGGGCCGCGUCCACACCUGUUCUUGUUGCCAUGCGCCGCUGGCCGGCGCCGGAGAGCCGGACGCAGAGGCCCUGGGCCAGUCGGACCCCACGCCGCCAGACUGUGUCGCCCGUUGCGUGGGCUCGAGGCGCGUCGUGCCGUCGCACGUGUUCGGAUGCGCCCGGUUCUGUUGCCCUGUUGCGCCACGUGGUGCGUGUAUUCGUGCGCCCCCGGCUCGGGGCACGGGAGCUGUUGUCGUGUGGAGCUUUGCCGAGUGUUGAUGUUAGUCUGCGGCCCAGUUACUUAUAUAGAUGAGUUGCCGUUGUGUUGAGGCCAAACCACAGAGUAGCUGAAAGUAUCCUGAUUGGCUUGUAUCGUGUGCUCAUUAAUCAGUGGGAUGAUGUUUGUCCCGGUCCCGUCUGUCCGGUCCCGAUUGCGUCUCGGGAUCAGGUACGACUCGGGGCGGUUUUGUGAUAUUUACCCUGUAUUCGGUCGCCCCGCUGCAGCGAAGCGCCUAUUCAAAGCAUUCAUGUAAUGGGUAUGUUAUCCAAUGAAGCUGAAUCGUAAU